UAGCAAAGAUAAAAUCUAGAGAGAGAGAGAGAAAGACACACACAGAGAGACAACGCGAAGAAUUCCCAUAUUUAUUUUGGUCAAACAAAGAGAUAGUGGGGAGCUGAGGCCAGAGAGAGAGAGACUGUGUGCGUGUGUGUUGUGUCAUGUAUUGAAGUGUAAACCAAGGCGAAGACAAAGCCGACUUCUUCACACAGCUCUGUUUCAUUUAAACCAAAUUUAUUUAUUUAUUUCCUAUCUGUUUCUCUUUGGUUAUUGUUGUUGUUUGUGUUUACGAAACUUGGAUUCGCUUGCUUUUGUUUUGUCUCUUUUUUUUUUGUGUGUUUUGACAUCUUCGUCAUCGUCUCCAACCUGAUCGGAUUGAGAAAGAGAGAGAGGAGGAUGCCGAGAAUUCUGGAUGUCUAUGUGAUGGGAUUUUUGUGAUAAUUGGAUUGGAAUUAUGAACAGCUAGAUUGGAUUGAGUUUUGGAUACAUCUGGUUUUUGUUUUUGUUUUCGAUUUUGAAAGAGCUGUCUUUGUUUGAUUUGGGGAAAUGGGUUGCUUUUCGUGUUUCGAUUCGAAGGAGGAGGAAAAGCUGAAUACCCAGAAACCCAGCGAUGAUCGAAAGCAAGCUCUUCCCAUGGUCUCUUCUAACAUUUCCAGAAUGCCUUCUGGAGCUGACAAACUUGUAUCAAGGGCCACUGGAGGGGCCAAAAAGGAAUUACCAAGUCCCAAGGAUGGACCUGUUCCCGGUGUCCAUAUCGCUGCUCAAACAUUCACUUUUCGUGAGCUUGCAGCUGCAACAAAGAAUUUCAGGCCAGAGUCUUUCUUGGGGGAAGGGGGAUUUGGACGUGUAUACAAGGGUCGACUUGAGAGUACUGGUCAGAUUGUUGCUGUUAAACAAUUGGAUAGAAAUGGUCUUCAAGGUAACAGGGAGUUUCUAGUGGAGGUUCUGAUGCUUAGCCUUCUACAUCACCCUAACCUAGUGAAUCUGAUUGGCUACUGUGCUGAUGGGGACCAGCGACUUCUUGUUUAUGAUUUCAUGCCCUUGGGUUCUCUAGAAGAUCACCUACAUGAUCUCCCUCCUGAUAAGGAACCACUAGAUUGGAACACAAGGAUGAAAAUAGCUGCUGGUGCCGCAAAGGGUUUGGAAUACCUGCAUGACAAAGCAAAUCCUCCAGUUAUUUAUAGGGACUUCAAGUCAUCCAACAUAUUAUUGGAUGAAGGAUUCCAUCCAAUGCUUUCUGAUUUUGGGCUUGCAAAGCUUGGUCCUGUUGGAGACAAGUCACAUGUUUCCACCAGGGUAAUGGGCACUUAUGGUUAUUGUGCUCCUGAGUAUGCCAUGACUGGACAAUUGACAGUGAAGUCUGAUGUUUACAGUUUUGGGGUAGUCUUCUUAGAGCUGAUUACUGGACGUAAGGCCAUUGAUAGCACCCGACCCCAUGGAGAGCAGAACCUUGUCACAUGGGCACGUCCACUGUUCAAUGACCGUAGAAAAUUUUCAAAAUUGGCAGAUCCGCAACUACAAGGGCGGUACCCUAUGCGGGGUCUAUACCAGGCUCUAGCUGUGGCAUCCAUGUGCAUCCAAGAACAGGCUGCCACCCGUCCUCUCAUUGGGGAUGUGGUAACUGCUCUCUCAUACCUGGCAAACCAGGCAUAUGAUCCUAAUACUGGGCAUGGCCACAGAGGCUCAGGUGAUAAGGAUGAAAAAAGAAACAGAGAUGAGAGAGUAGGAAGGAUAUUAAAGAAUGAGGAAGGCGGAGGAUCUGGCCGGAGAUGGGACUUUGAAGGGUCUGAGAAAGAUGACUCCCCAAGAGAAACUGCAAGGAUGUUAAACAGGGAUUUAGAUAGAGAACGAGCUGUUGCUGAGGCCAAGAUGUGGGGAGAGAACUGGCGAGAGAAAAGACGACAAAAUGCCCAAGGUAGUUUUGAUGGUAACAAUGGGUAGCCAGUGUAUAUUCAGGGCACCAUGUCCCCACCUUGGCUCCUUCCCGGCUGACUCAUCAGACAAGCUGAAAAUAUGUUGGAAUCUCAUCUCAUGUUUCCUUUUAGCUGGUGGUAUGUUCAAGGUGCUUGGCCAUUUCUUACCAAUGAGGGAGAGAUACGAGGGUUGUUGUAAGAGAACUUGGUGCUUAGCAUGUUUCUAAUUUAACUUCUUUCCCUUUCUUUUUCCCUCAAAAUUUCCAUUUUACAUUUCCUUUUUAUCAAACGUGAAGGCGAAAAAAAAAAAAAAAAAGAA